AUGGAGAGUCUUAUAUACCCGUCUUGUGCACCUGUGACUUCCUUAUCUUUGGUCUCCGUAUCAACAACUUCAGCCGAUAGAUGCCAGGUUAACAGCAGGAACUUGUCCCACCUGGAUGAUAUAUACAAGAACAGCAUUUUCUCUCACUCAUUUUCUGCAACACAGAGCCGGCAGAACCAGGAUGGCACAGAGACCCGACAGAAUUCAAAAUCCUCAAUAGACUCUGAUAUCUCAACUGCUUCCACAACAUAUUCCAAGUCUAGGUCAAACUCAAACUUGGUUACUCUUUCUCCCUCUCUGAAAACUGCCUAUCUCAUCAAAAGAGGCUCCUUCAAAAAACAACGAUCGUUUUGCAAUUCGAUAGAAGAUACAAUUUUCGACAGCAGCGGGUUUUCUUACUUUUCUCAUAGAUCUUCGAUAACAUCAGUAAGUUCUGUCGAAGGCAAUGGCCCACACCCACUCAUGGUACCAGAGUCCGUCAUCGACGACGACGAAAGUAAUAAAGACAGAUUCUUUACAAAGACCAGCGAGGAAAGUGACAACAUAGACUACGCUUCCUACACUCCACAAAAAGAGAUACUGAAGCCUCCUGAUGAACAAACUCCAUCAAGCCUUAAAAAAACUACAGAGGGGUUGUUACCUUUUUUGAAAAAACUGCAUGGUGCUAUCCAGAGAUCAUCAAAUUCCUUUUAUGAGCUGAAGCUCGCUCAACUAAACUUGAGAUCGACUGAGGAGGUUCCCUUGGAGACUUUUGCGCAGAAAUUUGAAGCUUUGCCUACGGCACACGAGAAUGUUGACCUGAAUCCAAAUCUGGUUGACUCAGAGAAUUUUCUUCCUCUUCAGCUGUGUGGCAAAACUAGGAGAAUAAGGGAACAUCGUGUCAAUCCUUACUAUUUGCUACAGUAUGCAUUGGAUACCUCAGUUAGAGAAAAGAAAUUGCUCAAUUGCAUUCCCAAUGAAGAAUUGGAUAUCUUCGAUAAUUUACUCUUGGAGAGAUACUCAGAGUUGUCCGAAUCCAUAACUUUUCCUUUGAAUGAACAAAUUUUUGACGAGAUGUUCUAUUUGAAACUCCAGUCUCAACUACAGUUUUUCAACAAUUAUGAAAAUGUUAACGAUGAACACAUAUACCAUCUUAAGCUGGCUUCGAUAGCGAGAUUCAAAUUAUGCGCAACCAUAACCUUACCACCCCGUCUGGAUGACGUCCCUAGCAUCAGUUCUCUAAUUGAUGAUAUCUACCCUACCGCCUCAUUGGAUACUUGCCACGUACCUUGGUUAAACAUAAUGGAUUUGAAGUCAGGAAAGGCUAUCAAUCGACUUACUCGAUCUGCUGGCCUCUUGAAGGGUUCAAAUAUUCAGUAUGUUUCAAAAAAAUGUUCAAGCAAACGUUGGGUUUGCGUGAAUAAUGAUCAAGUAGACAAGCAAUUUAUGUAA